AUGAAGGAUUGGACAGCGGAAAAACGAGUUACACUGAUUAUGGAUAAGCCUCUACCACAGCAGGCAGCAAAAAACGUACCCACCUCGGGCUCGACCGAAGCGGAGCUGAAUUUUUGGCCUCGUGUUGCAGUGAGUAAUGGUGAAGGAAAAGCCGACCUUCUGAAUAAGCUUCGCGAUUACGUAGAAUCUAGGUGUAUCGACGCUGUUCGUGAGUAUGCUGGGGAUCACAGGUGUGCCGAACUAGUGGUCGACUGCCGUCGUUCCACUGCACAUUCAAUCCUAUAG